GCGCAGGCGGGAGGCGGCCCCGGAUGGGAGCCCUUCCGCCGGAGGAGGCGCCAGCUCCGGAGCCAUGGCGCUGGUCACCCUCCAGCGCUCGCCCACCCCCAGCGCCGCCUCCUCCUCCGCCAGCAACAGCGAGUUGGAUGCCGGGAGCGAUGAGGAGCGCAGACUGAACCUGAGCCUCAGCGAGAGCUUUUUCAUGGUGAAGGGAGCGGCCUUGUUUCUCCAGCAAGGAAACAGCCCGCAAGGCCCGCGCACCUCCACUCACCUCCACAAGCAUGCAGGUGACUUGCCCCAGCACCUGCAGGUGAUGAUCAACCUCCUCCGCUGCGAGGACAGGAUCAAGUUGGCCGUGCGGCUCGAAAGCGCGUGGACGGACCGAGUGCGGUACAUGGUGGUGGUCGACAGCAGUGGCCGCCAAGACACGGAGGAGAACAUCCUCCUGGGAGUGGAUUUCUCCAGCAAAGAGAGCAACAGCUGUACCAUCGGGAUGGUCCUUCGCUUGUGGAGCGACACCAAGAUCCACCUGGAUGGGGACGGCGGAUUCAGCGUCAGCACCGCCGGGAAGAUGCAUAUCUUCAAGCCGGUCUCAGUCCAGGCAAUGUGGUCCGCCCUGCAGAUCCUGUACAAGGCGUGCGACGUGGCGAGGCAGUACAACUACUUCCCUGGCGGGAUGGCGCUGGUCUGGGCCACCUACUACGAGAGCUGCAUCGCCUCGGAGCAGAGCUGCCUCAACGAGUGGAACGCCAUGCAGGACCUGGAGUCCACCCGCCCCGACUCGCCGGCCUUAUACGUGGACAAGCCAACGGAGAGGGAGCUGGCGGAACGGCUCAUCAAGGCCAAACUCCGGAGUAUUAUGAUGAGCAAAGACCUGGAGAACGUCACUUCGAAAGAAAUCCGGAAUGAGCUGGAGAAGCACAUGAGCUGCAAUUUGAAAGAGUUCAAAGAGUUCAUCGACAAUGAGAUGCUGCGCAUCCUGGGCCAGAUGGACAGACCCUCCUUGAUUUUCGAUCACCUGUAUCUGGGUUCGGAGUGGAACGCCUCCAACCUGGAGGAGCUCCGAGGCCUGGGCGUGGACUACAUCCUGAAUGUCACCCGGGAGAUCGACAAUUUCUUCCCCGGCAUGUUUACCUACCACAACAUCCGUGUCUACGACGAAGAGACGACGGACCUCCUGGCCCACUGGAACCAGGCCUACCACUUCAUCAACAAAGCCAAGAGAAACCGCUCCAAGUGCCUGGUCCACUGCAAAAUGGGCGUGAGCCGCUCGGCCUCGACGGUCAUCGCGUAUGCCAUGAAGGAGUUUGGCUGGUCCGCGGAGGAGGCCUACAACUACGUGAAGCAGAAGCGCAACAUCACGAGGCCCAACGCCGGCUUCAUGAGGCAGCUCCAGGAAUACCAAGGCAUCCUGGAUGCCAGCAAACAGCGUCACAACAAGCUGUGGAAGCAGCAGCCGGAAGACCGCCUCCCCCAGAAUGUGGACAGUUCCAACGGGUCGGAGGAUUUCCCACUGGACCGUUUGGACACUGAGUCGGAGGACUUCCAGCACUGUUUCCGCUGCCUCUCGGACACUUUCCCCGGCGACGGGGAGGCCUUUUUCCCGGCGGACGGCCUGCAGAAGGAUGCGCUUCUGGACGAGGCCGACCUGUACACCGACGAGACCGAUGACCUGCCCUUUUUGGGGUCCUCCUCCAAGUCGGAAGCGGAAAACCCAACGAGCAAGGUGACGGUGGAGGAGAAGAAAGGACAUCACGGGGCCGGAGGAUGGAAGGACACCUCAGGGGCGGAGGACGGGGAGGAGCCCCUGGAGCGGUGGAAGCGGCACUCGUCUGAUCCAGAGGAGGAAAGCAGGACCAACAACGAGAGCCCCGGCAGCAACCACAGCAAGCGGAGCUGCCCCGAGGACUUUGAGCACGACGCCGUCUUUGGGAUCCUCAGCAAAGUCAAGCCUUCCUACAAGCCGUGUGGCGACUGCAUCUACUCCUCGGCCGGCGACGUCUUUGCAGAGCCCUGCGCGAGGCUGCCGCCACCGCCUCCUCCGUGCCGCAGCCCCGUCACCGUCUGCACGCAGCCCUCCUUUCCCCCCGUUUUGGAGGAAGAGCCGAAGGAGAUCCAGGGCACAAAACCAAACAGCUUGCCUUUGGUGUUGGCGGCGGGCGACACGCCGGGCUCCCGACAUGCUCAGGAAGGCGCUUUGCUCAGGAAAGACCUCCGGUCGAGCAAGGACCUCAAGCACUUGCUCUUCAGCAAAGACCCCGAGAAGCCCACGGCCACCAGCUACUUGAUGCAGCACCAAGAGUCCCUCCUUCAGCUCCAGAAGGCCGGCCUGGUCCGGAAGCACACCAAAGAGCUCGAGCGGCUCAAGAGCACCUCCGGCGCCGCGGCCGACAUGACCAUCCCGGAGGAACCCCAAGAGGUGGCCGCCCACCCCGACAAGGCGCCUCCCCUCUGCCCCUCGCUUUCUCGGGACGCUGGAAACGACGCCGAGAAGCUCCGCACAACCCCUCCGGCGGCCGGGCCCUCCUGCAAGACGGAGCACUCCAGCGGCUUCAGCAAAGACUUCCUCAAGACCAUCUGCUACACCCCUCCCUCCUCGUCGCGGAGCUCCAACCUGACGCGCAGCUCCAGCAGCGACAGCAUCCACAGCGUCCGGGGGAAGCCCGGCCUGGUCAAGCAGCGCACCCAGGAGAUCGAGACCCGGCUGCGCCUCGCCGGCCUGACCGUCUCCUCGCCGCUGAAGCGCUCCAACUCCCUGGCCAAGCUGGGCAGCCUCAACCUCUCCUCCGAGGACCUCGCCGGCGACGGGGAGCUCUCCGCCUUGGCAAGCGCGAGGGAGACCCAGUCCGGCGAGCCCCCCGCGGACUGCAAUUUCCGUCUGUCUCCGAAAAACACGGAAGAGGGCGCGAAGCUGAAGCCCACGCCGGGGAAAUUAAAGGACAUGUCCUGGCUUGGGAAGAGCUGACCCCACGGCAUAGGUGUUAUCAAAGAGGUGUUACUGGAUGCAAGAGGCAGACAUUUCUCCCCUUUUUCCCUAUGGGUCGCGGCAGACAACGGAGUCCAAGGAGGCCAAGAAAGAAAGCGCUUCCGGGCAAGGAGAAGGACCUAAUGCAGGGGUUUUUAUUUACAAUGCAAGCUGCGCAGCAUGCUUCAUUCUGAGAAGUCCUCUCGCAUAUUCCUCCCUCUUUUUCCCAUGGGUCGCAACAGACAACGGAGUCCAAGGAGGCCAAGAAAGAAGGCACUUCCAGGGCAGGAGAAGGGCCUAAUGCUGGGGUUUUAUUUACAAUGCAAGCUGCGCAGCAUGCUUUGUUCCAAGAAGCCCUCGCUCACAUUUCUCCCCUUUCUUUUCAUGGGGUGCUGUAGACAACAGAGUUCAAGGAGGCCAAGAAAGAAGGCACUUCCGAGCAAGGAGAAGGACCUAAUGCGGGGUUUUUUAUUUACAACGCAAGCUGCGCAGCAUAGUUCAUUCCGAGAAGCCCUCGCUCACAUUUCUCCCCUUUCUUUCCAUGGGGUUCUGUAGACAAUAGAGUUCAAGGAGGCCAAGAAAGAAGGCAUUUGGAGUCCUCCAGAGCAAGAGAGAAACUGAAUGCGGAGUUUUGCUGAAUUUUAUUUUACAGUGCAAGCUGCGCAGCAUGGUUCGUUCCGAGAAGCCCUUGCUCACAUAUCUCCCCUUUCUUUCCAUGGGGUGCUGCAGACAACGGAGGCCAAGGAGGCCAAGAAAGAAGGCACUCGCAGUCUUCCAGGGCAGGAGAGUAACCGAAUGCAGAGUUUUUCUUUACAAUGCAAGCUGCGCAACAUAAUUUGUUCCGAGAAGCCCUCGCUCAUAUUCCUCCCCUUUCUUUCCAUGGGGUGCUACAUAUAAUGUAGUUUAACGAGGCCAAGAAUGAAGGCAUUUGGAGUCUUCCGGGGCAGGAGAAGGGCCUAAUGUGGGGUUUUUAUUUACAACGCAAGCUGCGCAGCAUAAUUUGUUCUGAGAAGCCCUCGCUCACAUAUCGCCCCUUUUUUUCCAUGGGGUGCAGCAGACAAUGGAGUCCAAGGAGGCCAAGAAAGAAGGCACUCACAGUCUUCCAGGGCAGGAGAGUAACUGAAUGCGGAGUUGUUGUUUUUUACAACGCAAGCUGCGCAGCAUGGUUUGUUCCGAAAAGCCCUCACUCAUAUUUCUCCCCUUUUUUUCCAUGGGGUGCCGUAGACAACGGAGUCCAAGGAGGCCAAGAAAGAAGGCACUUGGGGGUCUUCUGGGGAAGGAAAGCAGCCGAAUGCGGAGUUUUUCUUUACAACGCAAGCUGCGCAGAAGGAUUCAUUCUGAGAAGCCCUCGCUCAGGGAGCCGAAGAGGGCACUGUCGAAACGCUACCUCCGUUCCUUGGGAAUUUACAAAAAAAUUACUUUGAAAUACUUGCUUUCCAGAACUAGAAGGAGUUCUGCCAAUCCAGUUUGUACUUUUUCUGUCUGUUGGAUGAGAGGCAGUUGCUGUUACAAAAACACGACGUUGCAAAUUGAUUACAUGCAUUUGAAAUUGGGGUAAAUGGUCAAAAUUUUGAAAAAAAGUUUUAGGAUGCGCUUUCUGACUCAAGCGCUGGAUUGCCGCCAUUUGAAACGGCUCAUUGUCUUGUCGCCAAACUCCAAAGCUUGCUGGGGACGGAAGGCGCGAUCCUUUUAGGUUGGGCACGUUUUGGGCUCUUUUUGUCCCCGUUGCGUAGAUGCCACAAGGCGGCAAGGAACGCCGAAGUAAGACAGGUUUUCGUCUUGACGUUUUCUUCCCAAACGUUCCUCAAAGGCUUCCGUUUCACCCCGAUCGCCAGUCUGUCGCUGGACUUUCCUGCAGAGUCCGGUUACAUGCGUUCUUGAAACAUAGCCAACCGGAAUAGGGCAGAGCUUGAAAACGUUUUGUUUCUUCGCUUCCAUGGAUGUUUGCCCUCCAAAAACAUACACAGUAGAGUUCUGGUUAUCCAACUUCCGCUUAUCCGACACACCGUACUAUCCGAUGCGCAGCAUUUCACGCUUCCCAGCGGGUGCCCGGUGCUUGGAGAGGCCUGCUGUGCAUUGCUGUUUUUCUAGGCAGCAACGCACAACGGGCCUCUCCAAGCCGGGUGCCUGCCGGGAGGGUUAUCUGACUUCCACUUAUCCGGCACACUGUAUUAUCCAAUGCGCAGCAUUUCGCCCCUCCUGGUGGGCACCCGGUGCUUAGAAAGGCCUGCUGUGCAUUGCUGUUUUUCUAGGCAGCAACGCACAACAGGCCUCUCCAAGCCGGGUGCCUGCCGGGAGGGUUAUCCAACUUCCACUUAUCCGACACACCAUAUUAUCCAACGCACAGUGUUUCGCCCCUCCCAGCGGGUGCCCGGUGCUUGGAGAGGCCUGCUGCGUGUUGCUGUUUUUCUAGGCAGCAAUGCGCAGCGGGCCUCUCCAAGCCGCACACUUGCCGGGAGGGGCAAGAUGCCGGCACAUCGGAUAAUACGGUGUGUCAGAUAAGUGGAAAUCGGAUAACCCUCCUGGCAGGCACCCAGCUUGCUGGGAGAGAUAAUGGGGCCAACAUUUAAUUGUCCAACACUUUCGGUUACUGAACCGAGUUCCGCCGUUUUUCUAGGCAGCAACGUGCAGCGGGCCUCUCCAAGCCGGGUGCCUGCCGGGAGGAUUAUCCAACUUCCGCUUAUCCAACACACUAUAUUAUCCAAUGUGCCAGAAUCCCGCCCCUCCCGGCGGGUGCCCAGUGCUUGGAGAAGCCUGCUGUGCAUUGCUGUUUUUCUAGGCAGCAACACGCACUGGGCCUCUCCAAGCCGGGUGCCUGCCGGGAGGGUUAUCCGAAUUCUGCUUAUCCAACACACUGUAUUAUCCGACAUACGGUGUCUCGCCCCCGGCGGGUGCCUGAUGCUUGGAG